AUGAUUUAUAGCAAACUCCUUGUUUUUAGCUUUACUGUUUUACUUUCCGUUGUUGGAUUUUCAUAUGGCCAGAUUAUCGCUGUUACGUAUCCAUUACCAAAUCAAAUCGUCUUGACCUGCAACCCCCUUACGAUAGAAUAUGCUGUAGACAGCGCAUCUCCUGUUACUGUCUUGUUCGGAAACAAACCCAUCAUGUUAGGAGUUCUCCCUUCAAUUGCUUUGCCUAACACGAUUACCAUUAAUCUCCCUGAGUGUUUAUCAUCCGGAGUGCAUGUGAUCACCCUUGUUCAAGAUGGUGUUGCAUCUGCCCCCAUCGUUAUCCAAACUAUUAAUGGAUGCGGAGAAUUUAGAUCCCUCUCUUCGUCUGACUGCUAA